AUGUCCGUCUUUGAUAAUCCCGCCCUCGUCAAAGAGUGCAGCGACGCAGUGGCGUCGAUCUACGCGGACGUCGUCGGCCACCUCUCUGCCGAUUCCCCGCCGCUGCCACAACUGUCUAAGAGUAAUGCCGAAGAACACAGUCUGGAACCCGUUGGGUCGGAUAUUUUGAGGGUUGUGGAGGGGUUGGCUUCGGAAGUUCUGGGGUUGUGUGCGGCAGCGGGCUAUGGUGUGGAUUUGAGCGACUAUACAACAGCAGCACCACCACCACCGCCGUCACCAUUGUUAGGAGGAUCGGAGUCGGUGAUUAAGCGUCUCGACGGAGAGAUCGAGCGGACCUACCGCCGGUUUUACGACUAUGUCUACGCGGACCUGCCGUUUUGUUGGAGGUUGUUGUACACGGAGCUGAGUCUGCUCAAGUUUUCGGCGGCGGUGUGUUUGUACGUUGCCAAGAGGGCGGCGCGGGGCGGAAAGACGGGGGAGGAGGAUGGAGAGGGAGACGACGAAGAGAAAGUGCUAGACGAGCUCGUCGCCGUGCUGGACAAGGCGCGGUGUAUUUUAGAGAUCGUCAUGACGUUCAUGAAGGCAGAUCGCGCAGUGAAGCCUGCUUGGCCUCAGCACAUGCAACGGCACAUUUUCGACAUCAGGGUCUCACCGCUCAAUUGCUCCUUCCAACUGGGCAAGACUAUGGUGGACUUAAGCGCACCGAGGCGUAUUGUGACGUUCCUGACGUCGCUGAUGACGGAGUGGCCUGCGCUCUCUGCUAGACCGUGGUCGUCGCCUGGGUACCUGAUGUCGAGGACGCACGGCGGGCGGAGGCUUGUGCCUGUGGAGGUUGGGCGGAGUUAUGUCGAUGAGGGGUGGACGCAGGAGUUGAUUCCGUUCCGGGAGCUGUUGGCGCGUGUUGUUGCGUCUGGGUCUCGGUCGACUGCGGCAUCGACAACGACAUCAAGAAUGGGGAUGACAGCGGAGACGGAGAAGGAGACAGACAAGGGCACGACGUACCUCGCCCAGCACGAACUCUUCGCACAGCUCCCGCACCUGCUAAAUGACAUCCUCACGCCGGACCACUGCUACACCUCGCCGCCGGCGCACCCGUUCAACAAGAGUGCUGACAAGCCGGAGCUGGACGUGCCGUUGGUGAAUGCGUGGUUUGGCCCCGCGGGGACGAUUACGCCGUUGCAUACGGACGGGUAUCAUAACCUGCUGUGCCAGGUUGUCGGGGAGAAGUAUGUGAGGCUAUACGCGCCGCGGGAUUCGGAGGCGUUGUGUCCGAGGGGGUUCGAUGGCGAUGACGACUUUGACGACGAUGAUGGGGCAGAAGGAGGAGAAGGGGGUGAGGAUGGAUAUGGAGGGGGAGGUCAGGGGGUGAAGAAGGUGGACAUGAGCAAUACCAGCGCCUUUGACGUCGGCGCCGUGGAGGGCUGGGACCCGGACGCGGAGGGCCGGGAUCCGAUGGAGCUCGAGGAGUUUCGGGGGCUGCGGUACUGGGAUUGCGUGCUGGGGCCGGGAGAAGUGUUGUAUAUUCCCAUCGGGUGGUGGCACUACGUCCGCAGUCUGAGUGUGAGUUUCAGCGUGAGCUUUUGGUGGAACGGGGAUCAUUAUGUUGGUCCGCAGGGGAGGGGAGACGAGUGA